AUGAAAGACCUGGUUUCUUACGCCAAAAAGAAUUCAGAAUUUCAUGCCAUUACUGGCAAUACUGAUGUAUCUCUUGCAUCUGAAAGAAAAAUGCUUGCAGUGCUUCUGCCCCAAACUGAACGCCAGGCACAUCCUCUUACUUGCCGUGUCCAUGAUCCCCUCCAGAUCCCCCAUGAAUACUACCAGCAAGGUGACCUCAUCAUUGGAAGUAUCACAUCUCAGUUCUUCUCCUUCUUUGACACAAUGAUCUUUAACGAACACCCCAAUUCAAUGUUUAUUGAAGACCCCAUAGUAGUCAUUAAGAAUUACCAGCAUGUCCUUGCCUUCAUGUUUGCCAUGAAAGAGCUCAAUGAAAAUCCUCGAAUUUUACCCAAUAUCACACUGGGAUUCCACAUCCAUGACAGCUACUUUAAUGUAAAGAUGACUUAUCGGACCACCCUGAACCUUCUUUUUUGUCUGAAAAGGAUUGUACUAAACUACAAAUGUGACACACAGAAGAAUUUGAUAGCUGUCAUUGGGGGACUUGACUCGGAAACCUCACUCAAUAUGGCUACUCUCUUAGGCAUCUAUAAGGUCCCACAGAUGCCACCCUCUUCAGUAUGUAAUGAUAAAUGCAAUUUGGGUUCUGUUAAGAAGAAAAACGAUGCGACGCAAUUCUGUUGCUAUGAUUGCAAUCUAUGUCCAGAAGGGCAGAUUUCUAACCAAAGUGACAUGACCACAUGUGACCACUGCCCAGAAGAUCAAUAUCCAAAUAGCAGUCAAGACCAAUGCCUUCCCAAGAUUUUAAACUUUUUGCUGUAUAGAGAAACAUUGAGCAUCAGUGUAGCUUUUAUAAUUUUUUCAUUUUCUGUGAUCACAACUUUGGUGCUAUUGCUAUUCAUUAAGUACCGGAACACUCCUAUCAUCAAAGCCAACAAUCGCGAUCUCACCUACACUCUUCUCAUUGCACUGUUCCUCUGCUUCCUCUGUCCAUUGCUUUUCAUUGGCCGGCCCCAGAAAAUAAACUGCCUCCUACGGCAAAUGGCUUUUGGAAUCAUCUUCUCGGUGGCUAUUUCUUCUGUGUUAGCAAAAACCAUUACAGUGAUAUUAGCAUUCAUGGCUACAAAGCCAGGAUCCAAGAUAAGGAACUGGAUGGGGAAAAGGCUGGCAAUUUGUAUUGUACUCUUCUGUUCCCUUACUCAAGGAGGAAUUUGUACUGUGUGGCUCUGUAUCGCUCCUCCAUUCCCAAAUUUUGACAUGCACUCGUUACCUGAAGAAAUAGUGAUAGAGUGCAAUGAAGGAUCUCCUCUUAUGUUUUAUUGUGUUCUAGGAUACCUGGGACUUCUGGCUUUUGUCAGUUUUGUGGUAGCUUUCUUUGCUAGGAAGUUGCCUGAUACUUUUAAUGAAGCCAAAUUCAUCACUUUCAGUAUGUUAGUAUUUUGCAGUGUGUGGUUGUCCUUUGUGCCAACCUAUCUGAGCACAAAGGGAAAAUACAUGGUGGUUGUGGAGAUCUUCUCUAUCUUGUCAUCUAGUGCUGGUUUACUGGUCUGUAUCUUUUUCCCUAAAUGUUAUAUAAUUGCCUUCAGGCCUGAGUUAAACAGCAAGGAAUAUUUGGCAAGGAGAAAUUGA